GGAACGGGGGCUGACUCAGUGGAACGAGAGAAAGAGAGAGAAAGAGAGAGAUAGGGAGGGAGGGAGAGAGAGAGUGAGAUAGAGAGGGAGGCGGGGGGAGGCAGGCUGUAUGUGACAGAGUCCUCUCUCCUCAUCAUUAGGCCAGUGUCUCUCUUCCAUUGGCUCGGCUUGCUGGACCGUCAAACAGCCAACACACCACAACACCAUGCCUGCCUUUGUCACUGAGGCAAGCUCUCACCGCUACCAUCACCGCCGCGCAUCUCCUCCACUAUAACCAGCCCGUGCUCAGACAGACACCCAGAGAGAGAGGAAGAGGGACAGAGGGAGAGGGGACAGGCUCGGCAGAGACAGACGCUGGACCCGCGCUACGGAGCUGCGCGCUGAAGCCGAGGGGCUGCUGGCGUUCUUUCCUGCUGUUGCUGGAGCUCCGUGAAGAGAGGCGCAGGGGAGAGGGAAAGUGCUGCUCAGAGGCUGGGAGAGCUGGGAGAGCUGGGAGAUGAAGACAGAGCAACCCGAGCACUGAAAAGAUUCGGAGAAAACAGACGUGCUGCCACGUUGCAAUGCUCCCGGACUGUUUCCUACACGAGGAAGCACUUGACUGAUGGACCGACACCGGUGCUGUGAUCGGUGUGUGAAAGGGAAACGGACUUCUGCACAGGUCAUCUAGAGCUCAGACUGUUUUAGUGUCUGUCCAUGCAUGUUUCCACUUAAAAGGACUUUGGAACACUGGUCUGUCGUCCAACUCCUGCAGAUCCAAGACUUCACUGUUUUCUUGUCCUGACUGUCUUGGCACAUAGUCCCCUGGGGGGUCGGAGUGCACCCGGGCCAUUCUGGAUGACUUUCAGUACAGACCUGGCGGGUUUGUAGAGGCUCUUGAUUCCUGACUUAGAUGUCGCCUCGGCAGUUAGUCUGAAAGCACGUGUCAUGGCUUGUUAUUACAUCGUCAUCAGCUCCACUCACCUCAGCAACGGACACUUCAGAAACAUCAAGGGAGUUUUCCGUGGCCCCCUCAGCAAAAAUGGGAACAAGAAUUUGGACUACGCAGAGAAGGAGAGGACCACGACCAGGGCCAAAGCCUUGGAGGAUCUGAAGGCCAACUUCUACUGCCAGCUGUGUGACAAGCAGUACCACAAGCACCAGGAGUUUGACAACCACAUCAACUCAUACGACCACGCACACACACAGAGGCUGAAGGAGCUGAAGCAGAGAGAGUUCGCCCGUAACGUGUCGUCCAAGACCAGGAAGGACGAGCGGAAACAGGAGAGGGCUCUGCGCCGGCUGCACGAGUUGGCCGAACAACGGCGAGAGGUUCAGUGUGCUCCCGGCAGUGGCCCCAAGUUCAAAUCCACAACUGUGGCAGUCGAGGGCAGCUUCAGAGAGAGCUGCACGGGUGGACCACCAGAAGAGACCCACAAUGGAACCAGCAGCACUGGUAUGGCCUCCAGCAGUAAGGGCCAGCAAACACUGUUGUGGCCCUACACAGGCAAGGCCAAGAAACAGGCAUACAACAGGCACAAAAUCGCCUUCUCCUUCUCCUUCCCAAAGAAGGCGUCAGUGAAGCUGGAAUCCUCGGCGGCGGUGUUCUGCGAGAACAUCGAGGAGGGAUCCAGAGAACGGGCCAGAAGACAGAAGCUCAGAAUGCCCCUCGUUGAGCUUAACAUUCCCGUGUCAACCACUGCAGACGAUAAAGCACUGGGUCGCGGGGCAGUGUUAAGCCCGGACAUCAGUCGUUCUAGCGAGGGGAGCCAGACGCCCUCUGACAGAUUGGCCGCUGUGUCUGGGCCUGACCUCACAACGACCUUGCUACCGGACUCAGAUCUGUGCGCUAUGUUAGUGUACUCCGAGAACAGGGUCGGUCCCGAUGUGUCCACUGUCUCACAAUCGCCCGCCUUCCCUUGCCAGACUCCCCUGGUCCCCAUGGCGACAGUAGCGGACCGACAGUUCCCCGCAGAGACUCAGAGAAACAGCCUGACGGAGACUGAGCCGUCGACAAGUAAACACGCCGGGGUCCGUGACGAAGAUGGCAGCGUCCCGGGGAAAGGGGGCGGCGGCGUUGGCAGUACGGCUCCUCAGGUCAACUUUGCUCCUGAUGGUCCCCACCCCUCCACCACCUCCUUCUCUCAGCCGUCUCAAAGCCCUUUGACUGCAGUGAUAGAUGAGGGGGAGGUGCAGGAAGAGAAGAAGGUUGAGGAGAAUGACAUUCCAGUGCUGGUGAAGACCCUGUCAUGCCCUUUCAUCAAGCCCAGUCAGCCUUUCUUCUCCGUGCUCAGCAGAGAUGGAAACACCAUUCUCCAAUGGCCUUCAGAGAUGAUGACCUACACCAGAACAGAGCCGUGUCUCUCUCACAGCUGCAACCCCCUGCAUUUUGACUUCCGGGCGCCACAACCAACACAGAGCAACGUGAAAGUUCAAGUCAGUGUGGGAGACAGUCAGAGUAGAACCGAGCUGGGGUUAUUCGUGGCGCCACGUGUCAGCUCAGAGGAGCCAACAGACAUGAACAGGCACAAAGGAGAGGUCCGCUCUGCUCCCGACCAUCAAAGCCCCGUCAGACACGACCAUCAGGCUGCAGAGAGGAAGGCUUGUCUCGCAUGCGAACUCCACACGAGUGACACGGACACGGAAAGCUGUGGCUCACGGCCGCGACGUCACGGCCGAGGACACAGCACCGAUCGAUCUAGCAGACGCUUAAAAGGUCACCGCAGAAAGAGAGCUGGCGGCGGCGAGAAGUGGAAAUCCAGAGAUAGGCGCCAUUACAGGAGCCACAAGAAAAAGAGGAGGAGGAGGAGGAGGAGAGGAGAGAGGGAGGAAGAGAGGUGCAGGGAAAGGGAGACGGACGACGGCGCUGAGAAAUGCAACACAUUUCAGAGAUGGUCUGAGUGCAGGGAAGGACAUGAUAGCCAAUUCAGAGGCCCCACUUCACAGCGACUAUUAGAGAAGUCAAAGCAAUCAGCUCCAAAUCAGACUGAGGGCAGUGGGCGCGCUUCUCCCUUCACAGCCAGAGAGAAGGAGGCGGAGAGGGAGAUGAUAGUGGAUUGGGAAGAGAGGAGCAGCAGACAGGAAACAGCAGGCAGUGUAAACGGCUCAGCGGGCAGCCCCAGCCUCUCUGAUGAGGGCGCCAUGGAUGCCGAAAAGGUGUUUGGGAGGAGCAGCGGGAGAGACCCGGUCGAUUCAUCAACGGAACAGAGGAACGCCGCAGGACACAGCACAGCAGGCCACGGCAGCGCCACCGACCUCUACCCAGAGAGCCCUGCUGGUCCUGUUGGACCAAACCCAAGCGUGAUGAUGACUCACCUGUCACCGCAGAGACCAGGGACCAUCGAGCAGGACUUGGGCUCGGCACCGCUUUCGCCAGCCGGCUGCGGUGAAGGUUCAUGUAGCAGCCGGGCCCUGAAACGAAAACGGACAGCGUGUCUGGGCGAAGGCGGCGUCGACGGCGAGCAGGACCGUGACCAGGACGCGUCGUGCUCUAAGCGUCUUUCACUGUCGGCAGAGCCCUGUGGGCUGGACGUUCUGGUGGACCGGGACGCGUCUCGUCAGUCUGGUUGCGUGUCCUGCGCCAGUGAAACACGGCAAACAAAGAGGCAGAGGGGGUCCGGGUGCCCGCCCCACGGGUCAGGUCCUCCCGGUCAGACCGGUCCUCCCGGUCAGUCAGGUCCUCCCGGUCAGACCGGUCUGGUCUCAAACACCGACCUGCAGCCGUUCGGAGACGGCCGGUGUCAGCUGAAUGCGCAGAGUGGGAAAUGCGCAGGUACGGCCGCACAAUGCCUUGUGCUGAACGGUUGUACUGCCCCGAGUUGGCCCGCUUCAGAGGGCAGUAACCCAAUGGGAAGCUCCCCCUUGCCCCAGAACACAGCUCCCAGCCUGAAAGUACACCAGUCCCUCUCUCCCUCUCAACCUGUGCCUGUAAGAGAGUCACAUGCCCCAGAAGUAAUCUGUGUCACAAAUGAAAACAGAAACCCCACUAUUUGUCUCCAAAACUCACCCACUGUUUCCCUCUCGGGCCUCGUUCGUCAUCUGAAAACGUGCGACAACCUCUCCGAUCCCGUAAUAGGGCGAAUGGAGGCACUGGUGGAUCUCCCCAGCAGGAGGGAGGUCAGCCCCUCUCCACAGAUGUUUCAGAUGCAGAAGGCGUGUCCGGACAAGCCCUGUCAGCCCAGUCCCCUGAUGCACCACCACCAGGGGUGUCCCAGCCCCCAACCUGCCCAACUUCAGAGGGGUCACCCCGGGGUUAGUGGUCAGGAGGACAGGGGGAUCAGGGAGAGCGUGAGACCGGGACCGACUAACACUUCAGGUAGCUCCUGCAGUCCCUAUCACAGACCAGCUAGUCCUUACCGCAACCACAAACCGGCGUGUUUCCAGCACCCGUCUGAGGCGAUGGAGAAACACCACUGUUUGGUUCAGAUCCAGACCCACAGACACAUUCUCCACCAGCAUCAGCAGGUGUUCCCUGGGAAGAUGAAGCAGGUCCUGCCUGGGUCCCCUGUCCCCAUGUCCGCUACUUGCCCUCCAAUGCUCCACCCCGUCCACCUGUCCCCGCCCCCUUUGUCUCCCAUGCCGACCGGGUCCAUCACCAUCCGACACACCAUCCUCCAGCACCACCACCACCAUCACGCCUACCACCACGCGGCCUUCCUGUCCCCACAGCCAACGCUCUUCCCCCAGGUCCUGCCUGUCCCGGUCAGCCGCCUGCCCAUGGGGGCAGAGAUGUGUUCCCCUGGCCCACCUCCUUUUGUGACCUCACCACCGCAGCUGUCGGUGGUGGCCCCGCCCAGUUCACAUCACCACCCAGUGGCGGUGACGUUCCAUGCCAUGCCCCGCCCUGCCAUGUUCCCGGCCUCCAUGCUGCAGCCUCAACCUCAUCCCGCCGUCAUCCCUCUACGGCCCAUGUUUUGAUGACAUCACUUCCCCACUACGGCCCCUGUUCUGAUGACAUCACGCCCCACCUCUCAUUCUGCAGGCCCAUGUUUUAAUGACAUCAAAUGCCACUGUCAUCACGCAGGGGUCAUCACAUGCCACUGUCAUCACGCAGGGGUCAUCACAUGCCACUGUCAUCACGCAGGGGUCAUCACAUGCCUCUGUCAUCACGCAGGGGUCAUCACAUGCCACUGUCAUCACGCAGGGGUCAUCACAUGCCUCUGUCAUCACGCAGGGGUCAUCACAUGCCACUGUCAUCACGCAGGGGUCAUCACAUGCCAUUGCAGAAAGAGGAAAUUCACUUCAGAUCAUCUUUUUUUUCAACUGUUAUAUCAGGGAAAUUAUUUCAGUUUGCAUUCUGUUUACCUUUUAAUGUUAAAUUAUUUUUCAUUAAACUUAAAGGGAAAAUUCACAUUUGUUUUUUCAUGUGGCCUUAUUUUCAGUAUUGUUUUGUCACAGGGAAAGGCUCAUUUAACCAAUGAUGUCAUCAGUUGAAUGAGCCUUUGGAGUGUUUGAAGUUUUCAAAAUAAAAUGCAUAAUGCGCUGUAAUUUUAGGGAACAGAUGACUGAUUUCUUCAAAGAAAGAAGAAAAUGAAACGGGGUAAUAAAACAGAAAAGAGGGAAAUAAGGCAUGUGCAACAUUUGGUGAAACUUCCUUUUGGGCUGUGUUUGCACUGGCAACCCAACUCUGAUGGUCUGUUAGGUAAUCAAAUCAGCCCUAUUCUGACAUGAAGAAAUCUGAUUUGAUCAGUUGAAUUACUCAUGAGUGGGAAGAUCAGAACUAGGCUGCCUGUGUAAACAUUUCAUACAUGACUUCUUAACAAGGGAAAAGCUUUAUAUUGGACCAUCUGUAGAAAUCUGAAUGAUAAGUGCUUUUCAUUCAUACACUAUUAGGCAGAAGUAUUUCCUUUAGAGAGACAAUCAAACGUAACUACUGAAUUAGGAUGUGUGCACGUUCAAAAACAGUCCAUCUGAUGUAGAAACCUUCUGAGGCAGAUUCAUUCUUUGAGUCUGCAAUGUUCUCUAGUCCGUAUUUUUGCUAGUGAAGUGCUUCAAUAGUGUACUACCUUUAGGGCAGAAAAUGCAAUACUAGUUCAAUUAAACGUGAUCAGAAGCACAAAGAAUUUUUGUGCAACGCCGUAUGUGGAUUACGAGUGCCCUCUCUGCAUUCAUUUUCUUUUCAAAAUGACGAACACAUUCUGAAAAUGGCCCAACUUGGAUUUAUCAAAGGUUUUAUCUGAGGUCUGAAAUAUCUUAGAGAAUGUACUGAUCAUACUGUUGUUAAGCAUCUGUCCACGGUUUUGGACAGCUAAGAAAACUUUAUUCGGAAAGUUGAUUAUGCACAUCAAAGAACUGAUUUAGAAAUGUCUUUAUAGUUGUACGAAAAAGUGACUGGCUUCCGUCCUCAAUGGUGCCCUAUUCCCUAAACGAUGUGGAACCUUUCAAUGAAACAUAGUGCACUAAUUAUUAAACAGGGCACUAUUUGGGCCGCACCCCAUGUGUCUAUAUAAUCCCAAAUUAACCCAGGUUUUAUAUUUAAACCUGGCUAACAACUGGUUGCUAUGCUCUCCAUAGAUCUUGUCUAUGUAAUUGAAAUACAGUAGAUACCUGUUGCUAGGGUGACAAACUGUUCUACCAUUCUGCAAAUUAAUUAAUUCCAACUUGCUUUGAGAAAUAUGUACAUGUUGUAAAUGAGACAUAUUUAUAACCCAUUUGCAGAAUUUAUUGUAAGAUACGGUUGUGUUUUUAUAGUGUAACUUCUCCUGAUGUGUUGUUACCAUUAAUUAGAUAAAACUAUGUUUUUACUGAAAUGUUGUCAACAGAAUGAUGUUGAGGUAAAAUAAAUCAAAUAAAUAAAAAA